UCAACUCGGCCACAGGGGGGCGACAAGGAGGCGGUGUUGUGUCCAACGGACAAGUUGUUGGGUCCUCCUCCCAGCUAACGUUAGCUCGCUGCUCUGUUUCUACGGCCACACGCUCACCAGCAGCCGGAGGAAAUGAAGAAGUUUUUCGAUGACAUCAAGAAAGACAUGAAGUUUAAGACGGCGGGACCCGGGAAGAAGCUCACAGCAGAAACCAGCGGCGCCAAGCCCCAGGUGGUGCAGAGCGGCUCCGGUGCCAGGCACAAGCACCACGCUCAUCCCAGCGAAGGAGCCCAGAGGGCCGGGGCCGCAGCGCUGGCCAGGAUCGAGCACCAGGUCCGGCCGAAGGUCCACACGUCUCAGGACCACAUCAGGAACCAGGUUAAAAGAGAACUGGAGGCUGAGGCGGCUGCAUUGGCUGAACAAGACAAGGCAGCUACGGCAGAGACAUCCAAAGUGCCAGUGAAAGAUCCCACCUGUCUCUCGGUGUCGGGUGUGUAUUUCACCUGUCCGCUUACUGGAGCCACUUUAACUAAGAGUGAGAGGGAAGUACACAUUAAGGAGGCCAUUUUCAUGCGGUUUGAGGAGGAUGCAGUCGAGGCUUCUGUUAUGAUGGUCCACACAUUUAACAAAGACAGAGAGAAAGUGAAGGCUGCUGUGGACAUCAUAAGCAAGUAUGUGGACAAUAUAUGCAAGUGUCCUACAGAGGAGAAAUACAGGAAGAUUAAACUCAGUAACAAAGUGUUCCAGGAGAAAGUACGUUCUGUGGAGGGCACUAGAGAAUUCCUGCAGGCCCUGGGCUUCAUAAGCAUCAUGCUUCCAGUAGAGGGUCAAGAGGAGGAAGAGGAGUUCCUGGUGUUAGCGGAGCAGAGUCCUGAUGCUCUGGAGUUGAUCAGGGAGAGAAGGGAUCGUCUUCAGAGAGGCGAGCCAGUCAGAGCUCAGCUGGACAGACAGCCUCAAGCUUUCAGAUCCUCUCCCAACGCUCUACGCUUCGAGCUGCCGCCAGAGUUCUACAACCUGUCAGCAGAGGAGCUCAAGAAGGAGCAACAGCAGAGGAGUGAGUUGGUGGAGAAGAACGCCAUGUUGCGCACAAAAGCCAUGAGGGAGAAAGAGGAGCAGAGGGAGAGAAGGAAGUACAACUACACCCUGCUCAGGAUCCGACUGCCGGAUGGAAGCCUGCUUCAAGGAACCUUUUAUGCGUGGGACCGUCUGCCUGUGUUGUUUGGCUUUGUGCGGGAGUCCCUGGUGGACGGCUGGCAGCCCUUCGAGCUCAUCGCCCCUGGAGGUCAAAAACUACGAGAGGCAGAGGAAUUCGCUCUCGCAGAGUGCAACCUGGUCCCUGCAGCUCUACUCACCUUUGCCUGGGAUGCAGCCGUGCAGGCCGACAUUGCAGCUGCAGGUGGAAAGACCCCCACCCUCCUCAAAGCGGAGCUGCUGGAGACCAUUCAGACCCUGAACUGAGCAGACGUAUUCUGUCCCUGAACUCCUCCUGCGGCGACCCUCCCUGGCACUAGAGGGGUGAAAUUGCUCCUUGCAAACGACUGGUGAUGAGUGUACAUUAAAAUAAAAACGCUAAUAUAAGUCAGUAGCAGUGAUGGACUAGGGCUAACUUCACCCUUAAUGCACUUGUUUUGCUGAGCUUACCUGUCCCUCUUCACUGUGGGGGUAACGUCACCCUACAGUCUGUCUCAGCAGCACUUUCUGCUGAAGAACCACGAUUAAGAGCUUUGAGGAGAAAGCGAGGGACAAGUGUGUUUUUGUGAUGUGUCCCGAAUGUACAUGCUGUGUAUGAACAGACUGUGGCAGCAGCCCUCUGCGCGCUGCCCUACAGUCAACCAGUCGGGUAAACUUCUCGUGGCAUGUGGAGAGACCUUGUUGUAACUGUCACGACGUCCUCCUUUUUCGUUUUGUUUAAAGUAAACAGUCCAUCUUACCUCCAACCAUUGCAUUGGGAAAAAGAAAGUGCACACCUCUGACUGCAGUCAUUGUAGAACAGUGAAGUAAACCUGGUUAGAUACAACUGUGGAAUCGUAUUUAGUAUCUGUGCACCUGCAGCAGCUCUUUUGCUUUUAAAAGCUGCCUGGUGUCACUGCACCGGCUUGAAGUUUAGUUUGGCAGUGUUCUGGGUUAGCUCAGUGUUUCGUCUGUCAGCUGAUGGUCGACUGGUCUGAUACAAGUCUGGCUUUGUUUACUGUAAAAAUACAUGAGCUUCUGUUGCUUGUCUGUCCUCGGCUAUGCAGUGGCCUCACACUCCUCACUGUUGUACAACAGGCUUUUGCGGUUGCUUAAAUGUACCAAGUUGUAUGAACGCAAAGCCCAGAUCAUCAAACAUGUUGUUUUUUUUCUGGAUAGUUUGACUUAAGCUAGGCAUUCACUGUGCGAUUUAAGCCCGUUUUUGCCCGAUUUCUCGCUUCGUUGUGCGUCGUUUGCCAUCAUGCAGUGUACAGGGGGAGCGAGCAACGAUUAAUUGCCCUGUUUUUGUCUCGUCAGGAUUCUUCUUCUAUGGUAAACCCAUACUUCUCUGCCUCACACAUAUACGCUGUGAGCAACCAAGUCGUGGCUGGCGAUCGGACCGUACAGUGCGAGCACACAAAUCUCGAGCUUUUGCUUCACAUCGCAGAAAAUUUACUGCGGAAAUUAACAGCAUUUCAAAAAUUGAACAGUGUAUGCCCAGCUUUACAAGUGAGGUCCAAAGGCUUUAUUUAGCCCAUUGCUCAAAGUUUUAUUAAUGUGCAGUCAAUUUAAUACCAAAGUAUUAUUUUAGCAGAGUAAGCACCUAAUGAGGAUUAUUUUAGUUUGUAUAAAAAACUUGGUGUAGAGUGAAAUUACAACCACUCUCCACACGGGAUUAAUGGUGGAGGCUCACUGCAGAAGCUUUGUGUCACUAACUUCUCUGGCUUGCGGGCAGUUGUGAUGAAUUAUAGUUGUGUUAAGUGGCAGCAUGUUGUCCCGAUAGUGGUGGUUUUAUCAAUCACAGGUCUUGUAUUUGUUUGUAUCAAACACAUUCACUUGAGAUAAAUAGGGUUUAUAUUUCAAACAGUGGUACUCAUUAACACCAUGUCACCAAAAGCAAAAUGUUCAACCCAAUUUUUGUUAAGUUUUAGAGCCACUUCUUUCCCUGGAGACGUGUCAUUGAAGGUUUCAAACUUUUGUUUAGUUGGUGGUUUUGAUGUAUGAGAAUAUAUACAUGGCUAAUCUUUAUUAGCUCAUUGGUUUCUCCUGCUUGUGGUUGGUUAAGAUGACAACAGCCUACCUCUCAACACACAUUGAAUACAUACCAACUGAGUUGUUCAUACGUGUAGAUCCUGAAACUUGUGGCGUCUGUGCUUUUUGUCACCACCGUCAGUUGCACACCCAAAAGAGAUGAACCUGUAACUGCUGCGUGUUAAGUAAUUAGUUGGUCCAGGAUCAUUUUCAUGCAGAAUCUGAUACAGUUCCUGUAUUUAUAUGCCGAGUCAGCCAAAAGCAACAUGUCUGCUCUUCAAACGGAAGGAUGUUAUUGUUAUCAGCAUUGAUUUGUUACCUUAUUAACAUACUUAGUUGUGAUCUAUGCCAGUGUUCUGUAGCGCUUUAACCGGCCUGUAAUAAAGAUCGCUUGCACUGCA